AAACAUCAAAUGCGUUAUCCCCUUUGUUAGUCUUUUCCGCUUUGGGUCAAAACAUAUCGCACGUGUGUGAUCAAUGGAGUCGACUGCUGAUAAAAGCCCGUACAUUUCAGACCCGAAACUUGUUCCAAGGAUUAUUACAUUCCUCCAUGAUGAGUGGUCUGCAAAGAAAGGAAAAUCUGCUGGCAGCACUGAUCCACAAUGUGUGGCUGAUCAUCUGCAGUCAACAUUCAGUGAGUAUCGAAGAAGGAAGCAGAAGGCAUUUUUUCAGCUGGUUUUAAAAGGACUGCAGGUAGCUGAAACAGAGAUGAAAAAACAACCAGCUUACAAAGAACACCUAAGUAAAUCAUCAGCAUGCUCUCCAAAGACAGGAUCAAAAAGACAAAGACAGGAACAGAUGGGUGGAGAUUCUGACUCCAAUGAAGAAGACCUGAUUUGCUACAAGGAUACCAAUGCUGUGAAUAACUCACUGAGGAACUUAUAUAAGGAGAGCAGCAGACUGCAGUCUCCUCUCCAGCAGUCUCCUCUCGGUGAAGUCCAGGCAAAAGUCAAGACCAAAGUUCUGACUCGACAAAAUGAGCCCUCUGUCCAGCAGACACCUACAGGCACAGCACCAUUGUGGUAUGUUGACCGUGCUGGCUCGCAAAGUGGAAAUGCAUCUGCAGGUGUCAAAACUCCAGUUCUUAUGGAAAUAAGUGAACCAUUGCAGGAAACAGAGAUUGAGAUGGUGCAGUCACCAUCAUCUUCAUCAAAGCAUAGUAUUUCCAAAAAGAAAGUUAGAAAGCAUGCAAGAGACAAGGAGAUAGACAUAAAAAAAGAAGUGGCAGGUGUAAUGCAGCUGAAUCCAACUGUCAACUUUUCAGAGUUUGUGGGCCAUGACAAGAUGCUGAUGGACUUAUCCGACCAGCUGGAGCUGUUUCAUCAACCAGAACUGUACUCAGAAGUAGACAUUACACCCAACAGGGGUAUUUUAUUGCAUGGGCCUCCAGGAUGUGGGAAGUCUCACCUGGCCAAUUGUAUAGCAGGGCAUCUUUCUGUGCCAUUAUUGGAAGUUCCAGCCACUGCUUUGGUCUCAGGCUUGUCAGGGGAAUCAGAAAAAAACAUACGACAGCUAUUUGAGCAGGCUCUUACUUCUGCUCCUUGUGUCUUAUUUAUUGAUAACAUUGAGAGUGUGGCUGCUAAUACAGAAAAUGCUAACAAAGAGAUGGAGCGCAGGAUGACUAUGCAGCUGAUGUCUUGCAUGGAUGGAUUAAAGUCACACCUUGAAAGUAUUCUAGUGAUUGGUGCCACAAGGAGACCAGACUCAAUUGACAGAGCUUUGCGGAUUCAAGGCCGUUUUGGCAUGGAAAUAGCUCUUGGCAUACCAGAUGAAAAAACAAGGGAAGCCAUUCUGCGUAAUUUAAGUAAGAAGAUGACCCUGUCACCAAACAUUGAUCUAAAAGCAGUAGCUAAAGCCACUCCAGGAUUUCUGGGUGGAGAUCUCAAUGAUGUAAAAAGACAGGCUGGAUUGCAGGCCUUGAAGAGAUUAACCAGAUUGUCAAGAUUCAAACUCAGGAGCAUAAAGGGUGAAGUAGAAGGAAAAGAUAACAGCAUUUCACAAGAAAGUUCAUUAUGGAAUGAACCAUUACCACCUGCAGGUGCUGAGGGUGGAGACAUUCUGUGGUCUGAAGAAGAAAAAAGAGAAUGCCUGACAAUAAUGACAGAAGACUUCAUGAAAGCUAUUAAGAAAGUACAACCUUCAGCACUAAGAGAAGGUUUUGCUACAGUGCCAGACGUGACCUGGGAUGAUGUGGGUGCUAUGAGGGAUGUUCGAGAUGUCCUUGACACUGCCAUUUUGGGUCCAGCACGUUACCCAGAAGUGUUUGCCCGUCUUGGGAUGGAAGUGUCUUCAGGAGUUUUGUUGGUUGGACCACCAGGCUGUGGUAAAACUCUGGUUGCAAAGGCUAUUGCAAAUGAGACUGGAAUCAAUUUUAUUUCUGUGAAGGGCCCAGAACUCAUGAAUAUGUAUGUAGGUGAGAGCGAGAGAGCAGUCAGGCAAGUCUUUGAACGAGCCAGAAACUCUGCACCAUGUGUCAUUUUCUUUGAUGAGUUAGAUUCUCUUUGUCCCCGGAGAUCUGACCAAGAGAAUCAAUCUAGUGCAAGAGUGGUGAACCAGUUAUUGACAGAGAUGGAUGGACUCGAAUCAAGGAAGCAUGUGUACAUUAUGGCAGCUACAAAUCGCCUUGAUAUCUUGGACCCAGCUGUGCUAAGACCUGGAAGACUAGGCAAAGUGGUUCAUGUCCCAAUGCCUAGCUCACAAGAUCGUUAUGAAAUCUUUUGCACCAUCACCAAGAAUGGUACAAGGCCUUGUCUUAGUGAAGACGUGGAUCUGAGAACCAUUGCAGAAAGUCCCAAAUGCGAAGGAUUUUCGGGGGCUGAUCUAAAGGCUUUGGUGGAGGAAGCAGCCACUGUGGCUGUAAAAGAAUUCCUGAAGUCAGAUCAAGGCAACCGUGACAAAGUCGUGGUGACCAAAGGUCAUAUUGAUAAAGCUCUGGAAACAGUGAGACCAUCAGUCAGCAGAGAGACACAAGCAAAAUAUGUGAGAUCUGCCAACAAACAGUGGUGAAAUAAUACAAAAUUACUAAAUAUUCUGUUAUAUGGUG